CUCAGAGGAAGCCGGGGCGGCGGCGGGCGCGGCGCGGUGCGCACGGGCGGCCCGGGCGGGACGGAUCCCGCGGCGGAGGCUCAAGCCGGUUUAAAAAAAAUACACCCUUUUGCUGAAGGAACACAUUUGCUGGUAUAGUUUCAGAAUGUCAAGUCCUGUGUCCUACUGGAUCUUAAAUUCUGCAAGGAACAGCAUUGCCACAUUACAAGGGGGCAGGCAUUUAUAUUCAAGGUGUGUCUCAAGUAGGAAUAACUCAAAAAGGACGCUCUUUUCCUGGGCAUCAAACACCCUAAGGAACAAUGCCCCGUGCGGUGACUUUGCUCUGCCGAAAGCCUACAGACACACAUGGACAGAGGAAGACGAUCUCCACCUGCAGCUCAGCCCUGAGCAAGUAAAUGAAGUGUUGCGAGCUGGUGAGUCGGCCCACAAGAUUCUUGACCCCGUCAGCGGAGCCCCAAGUUCAGUGUUGCGGUUUGAGAGCAACCAGCUGGCUGCCAAUUCCCCAGUGGAGGACCGGCGAGGUGUGGCCUCCUGCCUGCAGACCAAUGGGCUGAUGUUUGGUGUCUUUGAUGGACAUGGUGGCCAUGCAUGUGCUCAAGCAGUAAGUGAGAGGCUCUUCUACUACGUGGCAGUGUCACUGAUGUCUCAGCAGACCUUGGAGCAGAUGGAGGAAGCGAUGGAAAGCAUGAAGCCCAUGCUGCCCAUCCUGCAGUGGCUCAAGCACCCAGGGGACAGUAUCUACAAGGAUGUCACAUCAGUGCACCUUGAUCACCUCCGGGUCUACUGGCAGGAGCUGCUUGACCUGCACAUGGAAAUGGGACUGAACAUUAAGGAAGCAUUAAUGUACUCCUUCCAGAGACUCGAUUCUGACAUCUCGCUGGAAAUCCAGGCCCCUUUGGAAGACGAGAUGACAAGGAACCUUUCCCUCCAGGUUGCUUUCUCUGGGGCAACAGCUUGCGUGGCCCAUGUUGAUGGGGUUCACUUGCAUGUGGCAAAUGCUGGUGACUGCCGGGCCAUCCUUGGUGUCCAGGAGGACAAUGGCAUGUGGUCUUGUCUGCCCCUUACCUGCGACCACAAUGCCUGGAACCAGGCUGAGCUGUCACGGCUGAAGAGGGAGCAUCCGGAGUCAGAAGACAGGACAAUCAUCAUGGACGACAGGCUGCUGGGCAUCCUCAUGCCCUGCAGGGCAUUCGGAGAUGUCCAGCUGAAGUGGAGUAAAGAGCUUCAGCGCAGUGUCCUGGAGAGAGGCUUUGACACUGAGGCCCUCAACAUUUACCAGUUCACCCCCCAACACUACUACACUCCACCCUACCUGACUGCUGAGCCUGAGAUCACAUACCACAGGCUGAGGCCCCAGGAUAAGUUCCUUGUGCUGGCGUCAGACGGCCUAUGGGACGUACUGGACAAUGAGGAUGUGGUGAGGCUGGUGGUGGAGCACCUAAGUGAAGCAGGUCGGCACAAGCCAGACCUGGCCCAGAGACCAGCCAACCUGGGACUCAUGCAAAGCCUGCUGCUGCAGAGGAAAGCCCAGGGGCUUCAUGUUGCCGACCAAAAUGCAGCCACCCGUCUGAUCAGACAUGCCAUAGGGAGCAAUGAGUAUGGGGAGAUGGAUCCAGAACGGCUGACCGCAAUGCUGACGUUGCCAGAGGACUUGGCGAGAAUGUACAGGGAUGAUAUCACUGUCACUGUGGUAUAUUUUAACUCAGACUCAAUUGAUGCAUAUGAUAAGAGAGGUUAAGAAUUUCUCAUCCUAUUGCCAAGGUUCAUUUAAAUGUCCUAAGAUAUUUUCUCUUAUUCUUAAACUGGCCAUUCAAACCUGUUAAAAGGGUAGUCAGGUGUAGCUUGCUUAAUAAUAGACUAAUGUGAAAAGAAAAAAGAAAACAAGCAGCCCAAGUUUAAAAACAAUAGCGGUGAUUUCAUGCCCCUGGGUGUUUGGUCACCUCUUCUAAGCAAAGAGGGCAGAGCAUAGAGACAUAAAUUUGCUUGGGCUCAUGUAGCCCAGGUCCUUUUAUAAAGAAACUUGUUAAACUGUGUCAGCUUGACCCUCCAAAUGGUAAAUAUUUUUUUAAAUAUGCUUAUUUAUUUUAGAGAGAGGGAAAGGGAGAAAGAUAGAAACAUCGAAUGAGAAAGAAACAUCAGUUGGCUGCCUCCAGCACACCCCAAGCCUGCAACCCAGGCCUGUGCCCUGACCAGCAAUCGAACCCAGGACCUCUUGGUUCAUGGGUCGAUGCUCAGCCAUUGAACCACCCUGGCUGGGCUCUAAGUGGUAAAUUUAAUCACAAUUCUAAACAUGAAGAACUUCAGGAUCUUCUGAGGUUUUGCUGCAAAACUGCAAACUUGAUCAUUUUCCUCAAUUCAUAAUCGUGAACUUCUAGACUAUGAAGGGAGGUUUAGUUUGUUUGAUUGUUUUAAUUACUAAGACCUAGGUUUACAAAGGAUAUUACAGAACACUUUUCUAUGCAAUAUUCUAACCUUUCUCAUGAUUAUACUUGUGAAAACACUUUGCAGUGCUGCAUUCUAGUCCUAUUUUAGCUUAUUUUAAAACUGAGUCCUCAAACUUGCCAACAGGCCUGCUGUCAGCAUGCUUGGAAUGACCUGUCUUGGUUUCCAGCUGUGGGUGAGAGGGGCUAGGCCUCUGGACCAGCGGAAUUUACUUGUAUGGCUUUGGUCCCUUCCACUGGGUCCUAUCCCCUGAACUUUUGAGCCAUACGAGGAGGUAACUAAGCCUUAACUCCUGGCUUCCUGCAUUAAUAUUGUCUCCAGGGUUUAAGCUUCUGGGGGUUUAGUCAUAGCAGUUAGCCAUUCUGGUUAUACCUCUCAAACAUUCUUCUGUUAAUUCCUGUCUUUUCUAUGCUAAGCUCCCUCAUCCUGCUGCUUCUAAUUGCAAAGAAUGCUUCCAUUUCACAUGGUUGCAGGGAAGGAGAAAAUGUGCUCUCCUUGUGUCAGCGGAUUAGGCAGGACUGGUUUAUUGCAGUGGAUUAUAGACUUAAGAUUUAGCCUGAAUCUGGAGAGGUGAAACAGGAAGGACCUGAGAGUAGUCACUAACCACGGCUCCCCAUGUGCAUCCUGAGGCAGUGGAGAGGCGGGCAGAGGGAGAUUUGUCAGAUGGGACACUUGCCCCUAGAAUGUGGGAUAAAUCACAUUGCUUCUCCUCAGGAACUGGACCAUAUAUAGAAUAGGAGAGGGGGCAAAAAUAAAUGUAACCUGUAAUGGCUUCUGUGGGCUGCACAGACUUGUGUCAGUUGGAAAAAUGAAACCAUGUGGAUCCUUUUUUGGGAGAUGAGUUUCAUGUGAUGAAUUAUGGUGGCAUUUAAAAAACAGGAAAUGUGUCCCUAAAUGGAAACACAAAUAAAAUCCCACAAAACUGACAUUUUUAUCUUCCUGUACUAUAUUAGUUGAUCCCUCUCCUCAUCUCACCCCCUGGUGCCAUGCACUGAAAGAAAAGCACAUAACUAGGAUUGCCUUCCUCAUGUUUGUCCAUGUCCAGAGACAUUCAUUCCCGUGUUGGUGUACUUCUGGCUUGGGAUGUUUCCCUGUAGGUUUUCAGUGCAACUGGUUAGCAAUAGGACUUCAUUUUAAGAAGUUCUCUUUGAGUGCUUGAGCCUUGGUUCUUUUAUUCUGAAGCCGUUAGUAUUCCUUCUAAUCUGGAUCUUAACUCAGAAGUAAACGUGAAUCACUGCCAUUCUGCUCACCUGAAGGGUUGUUGCUAGAGCCGAAGGCUGCUUGUCUGACAACCUUUGCUCUUCGCGCCCACUAAACCCUGGUGCACCCUUGGAGCAUUUACUUGCAUUACAGAGCAUGAAUCCUGUUUCGGAGCCAGCAUGGUCAUAAAUGUAUCCGAUUCCGAAACUUGUGGGGCAGCCAAGAGAAUACAGACAUCCCAGCUGUUUCUCCAAGCAUGUUUUUUUCUCUGCCUAAUAGAUUUCCUGCUUUCUAAUUCGUAUAUUGAGAGAAGAAAGGCCAGUGUAUUGUCUGCCUUUUCCACUGUGAACUCUUAUUAGCUCUUUUUUUUUUUUUAAGGUAAAGACUGACUUUUAUUUUUUAAGAUAUUUUUAUUGAUUUUAGAGAGGAAGGGAGAGGGAGAGAGGAAACAUCAGUGAUGAGAUAGAAUCAUUAAUUGGCAGCCUUCUGCACUCCCCACACUGGGGAUCGAACCAGCAACCUGGGCCAGGGCCCUGACCAGGAAUCGACCCAUGACCUCCUGGUUCAUAGGUCUCAACACUGUGCCAUGCCGGCUCGGCUCUUGUCACCUCUUUCCCUGAAUGCUCCAAGGGGUGCCUCCUGGUUUAACCUCAGGGUGUGUCUCCCUGCCCACAGUUCUGCUGUCAUUGACCUUCCUGAAGCACAUGGGCUACUGCUUGACAUGGGGGUUGAGAAGGGGUUGGUGGUACUUGUCAGGUCUUCCAAAGUAUUUAUCAUUCCUUUUAUAAAGAUUUCAAUUUUGAGACUUCUAAAAUGAAUUAAAAAGUAAGAUCGAACAUUUAGUAUUUUGGUUGUGACUUUGGAAUAAAGUAUGCUUUGGUGCUUUAAA